AUGUAUCAAGAAUUGUUCAACCACACGGACUGCGCGGGCCAGCUCAAGUGCAAAAAGAGCAGCGAAUGUGUUGACAAAAAUCUCGUCUGCGACGGAAAAGCCGUUUGCCAAGACAUAUCAGACGAGAGCAACUGCAAGGCACACAACAUCACGUGCUUCGACAUGUUCACGUGUAGGAACGGACAGUGCAUCAACAAAAAUGGCGUCUGCGACGGCAAGAAGCAGUGUAACGACGGAUCCGAUGAAAUCGGUUGCCAUGGUAUCAAGGCUAAACUGGCGAUCAUUUUGCUCGUGGUCGCCGGACUUGUUUGCCUCAUAAUGCUCAUCAUUAUAAUUGCCGUCUGCUGCAGGUUCUACGAUACACGCAAUUCCGGUUACAAGACAAUCACUUAA